ACAAUUCGAAAUGCUCUCCAUACCGCUGAAGGGCAUCGAAUGUGGGACACUUGUUCUCAAGGUUGUUGGUGGAACUAACCAGUUUUCGAGACUUGGGAGAUAUUUAUGUGGUCUGAUGACGAAUCUUCACCUAGAAAAACUAACGUUGCCAGUUUUUUGGGUCACCAAAACAGCCUAGUCGAAAAAACGGCUGAGGAUCUUUGUUGCCUUGCUGAUCCUGUUUGGGAAUUAUUGGACCCACUACCAGAUAUCAGAUUGUUGUUUUCCUCAUUCGACAGUCAGUUCUUCGGAAAUUCUCUCGGAUGUGUAGAAGUCAAAUGGAGCUCCCGGAUGACUCUUUGUGCAGGAGUUUGCAAAUUUCACAAACCUUAUGGAAUGUGUUCCAUCAGCCUAAGUGAACCCCUACUAAAAUUUAGACCGCGAAAAGAUCUCGUGGAGACUCUGUUGCAUGAAAUGAUUCAUGCAUUUUUGUUCAUAACAAGGAAGGACAAAGAUCGUGAUGACCAUGGACCAAAUUUCAUAUCGCACAUGCAUCGCAUCAACUCGUUGGCUGGAGUAAAUAUUACUGUUUACCAUGCAUUUCAUGAUGAAGUUGAUACAUAUCGCACUCACUGGUGGCGUUGUACCGGUCCAUGUCGCAACCGUCCACCAUACUUCGGCUAUGUUAAACGUUCUAUGAAUAGAGUACCUGGCCCUAAGGAUACUUGGUGGGGUCAGCAUCAAGCUACAUGUAUAGGUAAAUUUGUAAAAAUCAAGGAACCAGUGAAGAAAGUUCCAUCUAGACGAAAAACUUCAUUUGAAUCCAGUUCAAAAGACCAAUCUACAUCAAAAAAACAAAUUAGGAGUGGCGAUAUUCGAAACUUUGUCACCAUUAAUGAUGAAAAAGAAAAUACCUUUACAAAAUUUGCUAGUCACCCGAACAAUGGUGGAAGCAGUUAUUCAUCAGUCCAUGUUUGGCCUAGCGAUGAUAAAGGUCAUAUCCUCGGAAACGGUCACUCGUUAUGUCAAGACGUGGCACUGAUUGAAUCGAAACCAAAUGCAAUUGAAACAAUUGAUUUAUCAGAAGUAUCAUGCCCUAAUUGCUCUUGUACUGUUUUACUCUCUCAGAUUAAUCAACACUUAGAUAUUUGCCUUUCAUAAAGCUAUCUUUACAAAUUUUUGAAAAUAAACUUUAUAGUAUUAUAACUUUGGUUCUAAUGCCUUAACCUAAGAUCUUCGAAAGUAUGUUCUGAACUAAUUUUCCGACAUGUUGAAUAAGUGUCUCUAUGUUUCAAAGGAGCUCAAAGGAAUACCUGGAAGAUGAAGUUGCUCUCAUUACAAAUUGCCUACGUGAGAAUGCAUAUUCAGCGAAGUUCAUCCAGAAAUAUGCCAAAGCCAACCCUCGGGUUAUGUACGAUAGAGUGGAAGAGAAAACCUGCUUCUUAUACUUACGCUUCAAAGGAGUUGAAAUCACUGAAAUAAUUAAUCACAGGAUAAAUUCCGCGUUGAAGGUGACUUACUCAGCGGAAAAACUGACGACACUAUGGGAAACGAACUGCUCUCACAAACAAACUAAAAUCGACAGGUCCUCUUUUCUCAGUAGCUCCAACUGCAUUUACUGAUUUACAUGUACGUGCCAAAGCACAUACAUUGGAAGAACCGAGAGAAGAGUAUAUGUUCGCGUUUCCGAUCAUGUUUCAAAGAAAUUGAGACUACGAGGGACAAGGGCUCUUAACAGUGCAAUAGUUUGGCAUUUACUUGACACUUGGCAUAACAUUGACAUUCCUCAAGCUUUUAAAAUUAUUAGCAGACAAAAAAGUACUGCUUUUCUCCGUUUUGCCGAAGCAAUCGCGAUAAAAAUACUCAAACCUGAUCUAUGUAUUCAGAAAGAGAGUAAUAAACCUAUUACUACACUGGUAAUUCAAUUUUUAGUCAUUAGUCUUAUUGUUAAUGUUUAGUUUUUUAUAUUUCUCUUUCAUUACCGAAUUCUUAAACCAUCCCUCCACUCAUACAUUUCCACUCACUCGAUUCUCUUAAAUUAUGUAAACUCUUCAAAUCCCGUUCAAUUAUUACGUAACACAUCUUGCUAGUUUUUUUAAUUCCUUGAAUCUUAUGUAAACCAUUCAUUACUUCUAAAAUUUGUCACACAAUUUAUCUUAUCUGUCUCUGAACUUCACUCAAUUAUUACGUCACCCAUCCCUAAUUUUUUCUUGAUUCUAACACCAAAUAACCUCUGACCUGUUCUGUAUAUAUAUAUAUAUAUAU